CUCAAACCUCUGACCGGGAGUGUGAGGAUCAGUGAGAGCGACGUAACUGCUUCUAAAUACACAUGAGUGUGUGUUGUACAGCAGGGGAUGAUGGGCAAUUCAAAAGAGCACCAACAUGUCGGCUGCCGGCCUUCUUUUGCAGGAGGAGCAGCUCCUGUGCUGCAUCUGUCUGGACGUGUUCACCGAUCCGGUCACGUUACCGUGUGGACACAACUUCUGCAAAAGCUGCAUCACACAGCACAUGAAUUUUAAUUCCCACCGCCAGUGUCCUCUGUGUAAAGAACCCGUUGAUAAGAAACAAAAACUUGUGGUCAAUACGUUCAUAUCUGAGAUGGCCGUCCAGUUCAGACAGUCAGCUGGAAGGAACGCCAGCAGCAGCAGCUCAGAGCAACACGAGGAAACCAACCCAAGGAAAGUUUCUAAUGACGUUCCCAUUGGACUAAAACGGAAGUCCAGGCUGCUGUUAGCAAUGAGCCUGACAUUUCUAACCAUCUGCUUAGCAACGAAUUUAAAGCUUCAUCAAAUAGUAUCCAACCUGAACUUUCAUCAGCUGUUUGAUGCCGUUGAGAUGCCGGCAGACAGCAUGUGUACUGAACAUGACAAACCUGUGGAGCUCUACUGCAAGAAUGAACAAAUGUCCGUUUGUCGCGCCUGUGCUGACUCCAGUCACAGAUUUCACCACGUAGUUUCUCUGAAAGAAGAAUUUGAAGUAAAGAAAGCAGAGCUGCGGAAAGCAGAGGCUAAACUUCAGCAGAUGAUCCAGGAGAGACGACUAAAGGUUCAGGAGGUCGAACACUCGGUAAAGCUCAGCAGGGAAGCCGCAGACAGAGAGACGGCAGACGGUGUUCAGGUCUUCGCCGCUCUGACUCAGUCCGUGGAACGAGCCAAGGCCGAGUUCAUCGGGACGAUCAAAGAGAAGAAGAGAGCGAAGGAGGAACAGGCCAAAGAUGUCAUCCGAGAGCUGGAGCAGGAGAUCUCCGAGCUGACGAGGAGGCGCGCUGAGGUAGAUCGGCUCUCGCGCUCUGAAGACCACCUCCACUUCCUCCGCACCUUCUCGACCCUGAACGCUGCUCCGCCCACCAACAACCGGACAGAGAUCAGCACUUGUCCUGCAUCAUAUGCAGGAAUCAUCAGGACGGCUGUGUUGAGCGCUGUGAACCAGCUGACAGAGACAAUCACACAGGAGAUGAAGAAGCUGCAGGAAGACGAGCUGAGACGAGUCCAGCGGAACGCGGCGGACGUGGCGUUGGAUCCUGAUACGGCACAUCCUGCUCUCGUCCUGUCCGAUGACGGGAAACAAGUACGUCACGGUGACGUGUGGAAGAAACUCCCAGAGAACUCAAAGCGAUUUGAGACUGCGAUCAGUGUUUUGGGAAAGCGGGGUUUCUCCUGUAGAAGGUUUCACUAUGAUGUUCAGGUUAAAGGGAACAUUGGCUGGACUUUGGGCGUGGCCAAACAGUCAGUCAAUAGGAAGGGAGAAAUUACACUGAACCCUGAGAACGGCUACUGGACUCUGUGUCGGAGGAAUAGAAACAGGUACUUCGCACUUGACGACCAGCCCGUCCCUCUCUCUGUGAAUGAUCAUCCAGAGAAGGUGAGAGUGUUUGUGGAUUACGAGGAAGGUCUGGUCUCCUUUUAUGACGUGGACACAGCAGCUCUUCUCUACUCCUUUACUGGCUGCUCCUUCACUGAAAAACUCCUCCCAUUCUUCAGUCCUGGCACGAGUGACGGCGGCAGGAACUCCGCCCCCCUGAUUAUCUCUCCUGUCGAUCAGUCAGUGUUGUAGAACUCGGGUCUCCGCCUCGGACUUGAGUCCUGAUUUUUAGGACUCGUGACUCAACUUGGACUUGAGCGCUGAUGACUUGGACAUGGACUCGAGUAUUGACGUUGCACUUCCCAACGAGUGCAUUUGUUGUUGUGUCAUACGUGAUGAAAUGUUGAUAGUUGUGUUAUUUGUGUUCAGUGUAAACCUUGAAUCCAUCUUGGAACUUGACGCAACCUUGAUGACUCUUCUUUGGUGACUUGGUUUCUCAGACUCGAACACGGGGGACUCGAGACUCGGCUACACAGCUACAGAUCUCACUGCUCUUUGUUUUUUUACUCUUUUGUUCCUGCCGUGUUUUAUACUUAUAUUAUUAUAUUUUUAUACGGGGUGGGUGUAAUAGUGUCAUUAGGUUUUGGUUGGUAGUAAACAAGAGCGUAGGUUUGGUUUCAGAAGCUUGUAGUUUGACUUUCCUCUGACAGAGUUAGUAAGAAGCUGUAAAGGUGGACUGGUGACAGUGUUUCUCUGUGGUCUCAUUUAGACACCCUUUAGCAAUCGAGAUACCUGCAGUAUCUCCACGACUGCUCAAUGCAUCAUGGGAGUUCCCCCAGCACUCUAGUCCUAUAGCAGCUACACUAAGGGCUGGUUCAGGGCUCACCUGAGCAACUUGUAACUGUAAAGCUUUAUGAAAGAGGACAGUUUGAAGCCCGAUCUUAACUGUAACAAUCUUAAUGCCUUCGGGCCGACGUUAUAAUGAGCCCCAACUAAUCGUUACUCCAAGUCCUUUAUUCCUUCAGCUAUUAGGCAGCUCAACAGAGACAAUACUCAUAUUAACUAUAUGUAGUUGGUCGGUUGUCUGUUGAGAUUGAAUGUAUGGAGUGGGAAACUACAAAUGAAUUCCCGUUUGGGGAGAAAUAAAGUUUUCUGAACUGACCUAACAGUGAACUAUGAGCUCUUUAAGAUUCGAAGGUCACCAUCGCAGUACAACAAGGAACAACAAGUCGACAAGUGAUAAGGUAGAUGCAAGUUAUUUG